AUGUCCUACUUCAAGACCGAAUACCAGCGGUUCCUGGAUAAUCCCAGGUCUGCUAAAUUGGCCGACGAUGUGUCCAUGAUCUAUGUUCCUACCACGACGAAGUUCGAGCAGGCCGACAAUGUCAUCACUCAUGUGUUGAAGAACGCCAAGGUGGUCAAGACGAAAUCGAACCAGGUCAUCAGUGCCAUUGAAGGAUCAGACUCGCUAUGUCUAGACAUGGAGACAACCCUCGAAUUCACUGAGGGUGGUGGGGUUUAUCUCCCCUCGAUGGACGAUAAUUUCCUGGCCGACCGUGUCGCGACCUUCCCCACGGUUCACAUUGUCCACUUCGACGCCGAUAAACAGAUCAAGCAGAUCCGCAUUUACUGGGAUCAAGCCUCAUUGCUGAAGCAAGUCGAGGUUAUUGGAGCGCGCGGACGCCAAUGGCCCGUUCGUGAUGGAAAAGAUCAACUCCGUCUUCUCAAAACCGCCGAGACAGCGCGUUUGGCACCCUCGCAGCCUGCUUCUCAGGACUCGGAGACCAAGCUCCCCAAUCGCCCCUCAUCCCCAGGCAAGCGCCGCAUCAGAGAUCCCUACUCAGCCGACUCCCUGACCGAGCUCCUCUCCCCGAGCAAGGAGACCUCCAAACCUGCAUCCAGCAAGAAAUACACACAAGACCCUUACGGAGCGGGUUCAUUGAAUGAGAUUCUGUCCCCUACCAAGAAGGCCCCCGCCUAUGUGCCUCCCUUUGCGCCCUCGUCUGGGCGACCUGCCACGCGUAACUUCAGCGAUAUCUUCGUGAAGGAUGACCAUCUGCCCGACUCCCCCUCGAAGCCCCAGCGCCGGGCUGCCCCGGUCGACGAAGAGGACGGAAAGGCCGCUAAAGGGCCCGUCGACGAAGACCGUAAUUUCUACAGAACCGACCCCCGAAAAUACAGCCACUUUGAGAUCGGCGAAGAAAAUGCUGCCGGCAAAGGGCCCGUUGACGAAGACCGCCAUUUCUACAAAACUGCCCCUGGAAAAUACAACCACUUCGAGAUUGGCGGCGACAACUCGGAGCGCGAAGCAAAGGGAGAAGUCAAACAGGCAAACACUAAACAUGCAACCCACUGGGACUUCGACGACGUCGAGACGCCCGUGAAGGCCUCACGCGCUCCACGCGGACAAGAACGCCGGCACUUUGGCUUUGGCGAUAACGAAGAUGGCGACGGAUCCCCCAAGGCAAGCCAAAUGUGGUCAAGCCCCGUCGCGACACAGACCUUGACCGAUGAAGAAUCCGGGGACGACGGGCGGGUCAUCAGCUCAUUCGCCGGCCGCGGCAAGCGUCUCUACGAGAACCGUCUCUUCGACGACGAGGACCAGCCCCCGACCUCUGACAAGGAGAACAAGCCUGCCCAGAAGCAUGAUGCGCAUAAUAAGAUGAUGGAGUCACACUGGGAUAAAUACGAUGAGCAGUCCCCCUGCCGGCUGCCCAAAAACACACCACGCACCAUAAGAUGA